UUAUAAAAAGAAGAAGCAUUAUUUACUGUACGAAAACUGGCAAAGAUUAUUUAAAAUUUAUUUUCAAAAUAAAAAAAUGUUUAAUUCAUUUCCUAUGCCCAACCAGGAAGAUGAUCACUUUGCAAAUAUAAAUUACAGCAAAAAUGUCGAAUGUAUUUUACCAACGGCCGAAUUAAUGGUAAAUUUUCGUUCGAAUGGUUUAAAAGCGCAGAAAGCCUGUUUUGUUUACGCUGAAAAACUAGAUUUUAAAGGAUUAAUACAACUAAGAUUGACGGAAAAAUGUGAUCAACGCAAAAUGUAUAUAACGACGGUGGAUAGCACCUCGUUUCAGGAAUUGAAACAGGAUCAAUCAUUACAUGUCACCUUUGCCGGUUUUAUAGAAAAUCUGGUCCAUAUAUUGCAAGACUGUCAGGCUGGCAAAUUGGAAAUAUGUCUGGUUCAACUGCAGCAGGAUACUAGAGGUAUAGGUUUAAGUGAUACGGUAUUGAGUGCUGGCCAAAUGAAUUGCAAUUAUCAAUUGCAAUUUGUGGAAAUGCGUCCAUUUAAGAAUUUAAUACAUUUAUGCUUGCCCUGUCGUAUGGCUCCCCUGAAUGUUGUAUUGUUUUAUAUGAAUAAUAUAUUGGAUGUGUUGCAGAAAAAAUGCCUUAACCACGAACAAACGUCACAACAAUUGCAACAUGAAAUACACAAUCAUAUACGGCGUAUAGAUCAAUUAGAUGCCGAGUGUUUGAAACUAAGGGAAAAUCUAAUGGAAAGCACCAGAAGUAUAAACCAAAAACAUGCUGAAGAACUGAUGCAAUUGCAAGAAAGCUUACGCAAAACGGGAGAACAAAGACAACAGGAUAGCGAAAGAAAUCGUAAGACCAUCAAUGCCCUGCAGCAGCAAAUAGAUAAAUUAGUUUCGGAGAAAAGUGCAAUACAAAGUGAAAAAGUGCAAGAACUUAAACGAAAUGAAACGCUUAAUGAAGAGUUAGCUGCCUCAAAAGCAAGAAUAUCAAAUCUUAAAGAACAAAAUGAAAAGCUACACUUGGAAAUAUCAGCUCUUAAAAAUCUUGAACGUAAACAUGAAAUGCAUUUGCAAGAUUCACGCAAAGAGAUCACUGAAUUAAAAGAAAAACUUAAAAAGUAUGAUAAAAAUAAAGCUGAAUUGGUGGCAGAAUUAGAAGCAGAAAAGAAAAUUAGUCAGACUAAGAGGCAGGCCUUGGAAAUGGCUACCGAAGAAAUUUCAAAAGCAAAUCAAAUAAUUAUGAAACAAAAUCAAGAACUAAAUAAAAUGAAGAAAACUAUAGGUUGGCGUACAGAAGUGGCUUUGCAACAGGAACAGGCCAUAAAACAAAAGGAUUUGGCUUUAAAAGACCGUGAAGAGGAACUGGUUUUUCUCCGGGCUACCGUGGAGUCCUUACGAAGAGAAAUACCCAGAGAGCUGGACUCUAUGAGGAAAUUUGCCAAUUCUUUGGAAACGAAAUAUACAGAACAAAUAAAUUCCCUGAAAAUGAAACUGCAGCCUUUGGACAAGGAAAAUAUAAGACCUUCUAAAGAUAUAAGCAGAACAGCAAGACGUUGAAUUUAAAAAAAUCUAUCAUUUAGCAUUAAUUUGUUUAUUUAGCAUAUAAUAUAAUUUUAAAUAUAUAUUUAUUUUCACAUCAUUCA